CAACAUUCGCAUUAUCACUCAAACAAACAUUGACAUCUGAGUCUUGUCGCAUGGCAACUUCUCUCCAAGCCGCCGCAACUUUUCUUCAACCGGCGAAGAUAGCCGCUUCUCCUUCUCGUAAUGUCCAUCUCCGAUCAAACCAAACCGUGGGCAAGUCCUUUGGGUUGGACUCUUCACAAGCUAGACUCACUUGCUCCCUCCACUCUGACCUGAAAGACUUCGCCGGAAAAUGCUCUGAAGCCGCCAAGAUCGCCGGUUUCGCUCUAGCCACCUCUGCUCUUGUUGUCUCGGGGGCUAGUGCAGAAGGAGCACCAAAGAGGCUAACGUACGACGAGAUACAGAGCAAGACUUACAUGGAGGUUAAGGGGACUGGUACGGCGAACCAGUGUCCGACUAUCGACGGUGGCUCUGAGACAUUCUCGUUCAAACCUGGUAAGUACACUGGCAAGAAGUUCUGCUUCGAGCCCACUUCCUUCACCGUCAAGGCAGAUAGCGUCAGCAAGAAUGCACCGCCGGAUUUCCAAAACACUAAGCUCAUGACCCGUCUUACUUACACACUUGAUGAGAUCGAAGGACCCUUCGAGGUUGGUUCAGACGGAAGCGUGAAGUUCAAGGAAGAAGAUGGGAUAGACUACGCAGCAGUCACAGUUCAGCUUCCGGGAGGAGAACGCGUGCCGUUCCUCUUCACGGUUAAGCAGCUCGAGGCUUCAGGGAAACCCGAAAACUUCAGUGGCAAGUUCUUAGUUCCAUCGUACCGUGGCUCGUCCUUCUUGGACCCAAAGGGUCGUGGUGGAUCCACUGGGUACGAUAAUGCAGUAGCUUUGCCUGCCGGAGGCAGAGGAGACGAGGAAGAGCUGUCGAAGGAGAACGUCAAGAACACGGCAGCUUCUGUCGGAGAGAUUACUUUGAAGAUCACAAAGAGCAAACCAGAGACAGGUGAAGUGAUCGGAGUUUUCGAGAGUCUUCAGCCAUCGGAUACUGACUUGGGUGCUAAGGUACCUAAAGAUGUGAAGAUCCAAGGAGUUUGGUACGGUCAGAUUGAGUGAUUUUUAUCAUUUGUAACUUUUGUAAAAUUGUAUUGAAACCACUUCUUUCUAUCAAUAUAUAUUAAUGCUCGAUAAAUAAAAUAUAUAUCAGUGAAUAAUUUGGGAAAUCAAGUUUUAGUUUAUCA